AUGGGAACCUCGAGAGUAGAAGAUCUUGAUGUCCGCCGUCGAACACGUCACUGCAGAGGACACCGUCAUGGAAAGUGCUUCUCUUCAACAGGAUGGGAGCGAUUACGCGAAUUGUUCAACAAAAAUGCUGGGAAGAACUGGACUAUGGCACAGUUGAAAACCAUUAGGGAGAACCCUCGGUACGGAAAGUUCAAGGACAAUGACAACACGGAGAUCUACCAUAAAUAUAGCCGUCUGUUUGGAGAUGAUCCGAACGACACGUUACCUAUUAAUGCCGAGACGACUAAUUCGAGCAACGACCCGACUCUAGGAAAAGCGAGCUUCUCGAUGAAUAUCUCUCUGCGUCGAAGCGGCGAGAAACUUAAGGGAAAACAUGCGAAGGGGAAGUGGAAGAAGUUCAGGGCAAGGGAGGUUUCUGAGUCGGUGGACAACCUCGCUUACGCAUCGAGGGAGAUGGCCUCUGUGAUUCGCGCAAAAGAAGAUGGGCGUAUGACUCUCCACGAAUGA